CGAAAAUCUCUAAUGAUUAUCUAUCGUGUAUUGUUAUCGAAAUUCGAGUGCCGCGUUUUAACGCGAGUGUUGUGAUUAGUGAAUAAUGAAACGUCGUUUCGUGUGUAUGCGACCGAUGGAUAGUUUCCUGUGUUUUGCGUUUACACAUUUGUUUACAACAAACAGUUGUUCAUUUUGAUUGUGCUAAGUCGAAUUAUUAUCAGCGAGUUUUCGAUCGGUAAUUUCUCUAUCGCGACGGUAGUGAUUUUGCAAUACGUAAUUAUAUUGUUUUCCUGUGCAUUACGAUUUUUUUAAUCGGAUUUAUUCUGUGAUUGUUUGGUUAUAUUUGUGUGUGUUACCUGCCGACGGGGAAGCUUCGAGAUUUUUGGAUUUAUCUGAUACCGAUCGCAUUGUUAAAUUUAUAUCGCAGUUUUGUCGCGGCAUGUACUUAGGUAGCGUCCUGACAACAACCAACAUUUCGUCGCCGUGGACUCCGGUCACAGGCCCGCAGGCCGACUCCAACGGCCCGGGCCCAGAUACCAAGAAUCUCGAUGUCGGUGAUAUGAGUGACGAUGAAAAAGACAUGGCAGCUGCGGAUGCGGAGGGGGUCUGGAGUCCGGAUAUCGAGCAGAGUUUUCAAGAAGCCCUGGCCAUAUAUCCGCCUUGCGGACGGCGAAAAAUCAUAUUAUCGGACGAAGGAAAAAUGUAUGGACGGAAUGAACUCAUAGCAAGAUAUAUAAAAUUAAGGACAGGAAAAACAAGGACGAGAAAACAAGUGAGCUCACAUAUACAAGUAUUAGCUAGGCGGAAACUGAGAGAGAUACAAGCGAAACUUAAAGUUGAUCACGUGGCCAAAGAGAAAACCCUACAGACGAUGUCGAGCAUGUCGAGUGCGCAGAUCGUAUCUGCUACCACUGCAAUGCACAGCAAGUCAGCAGGUCUGAAUAUUGGCCUAACUCAUAAUCCCGUUUCCUAUCCUGGAGCGCAAUUUUGGCAGCCCGGUCUUCAACCUGGAACUUCCCAAGAUGUAAAACCGUUCGCUCAGGCAGCGUACUCGGCGGGAAAACCGGCGACGGCCGUGUCACCGGGAGACGUUGGAGCUCUGCAAUCGGCGCCGCCUCCCGUGUGGGAAGGACGAGCCAUAGCGACGCACAAAUUGAGGCUGGUCGAAUUUUCAGCCUUCAUGGAAUCGCAAAAUCGAGAAGAAGCAUAUCAGAAGCACCUGUUCGUUCACAUAGGAGGACCGACCCUCUCCUACUCGGAUCCCCUGCUAGAAAACGUCGACGUCCGACAAAUAUACGACAAAUUCCCGGAGAAAAAAGGCGGACUGAAGGAAUUGUACGACAAAGGGCCGCAAAACGCGUUCUUCCUCGUCAAAUUCUGGGCCGACUUAAAUUCAAAUAUCCAAGAUGAGACUGGCGCGUUCUACGGUGUUACGAGCUCGUAUGAAAGCAACGACAAUAUGACGAUUACGUGCUCGACGAAGGUUUGCUCCUUCGGCAAGCAGGUCGUGGAAAAAGUGGAAACCGAAUAUGCUCGAUACGAAAACGGGCGAUUUGUAUAUAGAAUCCAUCGAAGUCCGAUGUGCGAGUAUAUGAUCAAUUUCAUCCACAAACUGAAGCACCUCCCGGAGAAGUACAUGAUGAAUAGCGUGCUGGAAAACUUUACGAUCUUACAGGUCGUAAGUAACAGAGACACACAAGAGACUCUAUUAUGUACUGCGUACGUAUUCGAAGUGUCGACUUCCGAGCAUGGAGCACAACACCACAUUUACAGGCUUGUGAAAGACUAGCAGGUUAUCGGUGCGACCGUAACCUAUCACUUCAGUGCCUACACUCUCACAAUACUAGUAUUAUUAUCAGUUACUUACUUUUUAAGAAGUACCUAGUUAAUGAAGGAGGAAAAUAUAAUGUAAAAAAUAUGCCAUUUUCGAGGUAAAGAAAGCUACCUUUACACUUUCUUGGUUUUGUCGUCCCAACUAAAAUGAAUGAUUUUCGUUUCUCCCGCGGAAGCUCCAGCGCUGCUUAAAUCUUUUUAUCGUUCUAUCCUUCGGAGUAGGACGGCGAUUUUUCUUUUCAAAUCGUGUCUAUUUUUUUAUUUAUUUAUUAUAUUUAUUGAGUUGUAGUAGAAGAAAAAUUGACAAUAACGUAUAAUUUAAAAAAAAGGAACAAAGUGAACUGGAUUAAAUAAAUUCCUUCGAGAUUAUUAAGAGAAAAAUCGCCGUUCUAUUCCGGAAACGUUAUACACUUAUUUACAUCGUACUUUUAGAUUUUUAAGUCUUUUUUUUCGUUUUGCGAGUUUUGAUUUUUGAUUUUCUCGUUUUUAAGUAGAUAAACACCAGAGAUGACACUUAUUAUAUUCACCGGGUGCAAUAAUUAAUUCACCAUUACAAUGGGUGCAUCUAUUUUAUUGCACCAUAAACCCAAAUAACUAUUUAUGCACCAAUUAAAAAAGAAUAUGUACAAAUCGAGCUUUAGAAGCAAGUGUUUUAAACACAAGGUCUGGAUUUAUUGUAAUCCAGUAGUUCUGGACUUAUUGUGAUACAGUAGUUCUGGAAUUUACUGGAUCUUAAUAAAACUCUUGUGAACACUAUUAUAUACUAGAAGGCUCUUUAGAACAUUUGUGGAUUGGAUUGAAUUCUUGCGAACAUUUCUAGAUCUAUUUAAGCUCGUGUACUUGUAGAUUCAAUUUAAAUCUUACGUUGUAGAUCCUACUGAUAAAGUUUUAUGGCCAGAUUUAGUUCUGGUGCAAAGGGUGGUUUGCAGCUAUUAUUUGCACCGGUGCAUAACUAUAUGGCGUCUCUGGUAAACAGAAAAUUUUUCGUUUUCUUUUCGGGAUAAAUUUAUGUUUAGUAUCUCAACGUGUAGAUCGCCGUGCAGAUUGCUAUUUACUGUAAAAAAAUAAUCGGAUAUUUAAGAAAUGAAUCUGCACCGUGACCUACGGUGACUUAGGUAUACAUUUUUUUACUUAGGUUUACAUUUAAGUAAAGUUUGCUCUUUGUGAUGAUAAUUUUUAACAAUUUUAUAUAUACAAAUAGAUAUAUACAUAUUUAGAUUUCUAUCUGAUUUUCUUUUUUUUUUUGAAAAAUAAAAUACCCAGUAUUUUGAUUAGUUUAGUUUUUUUGCCAAUAACAAUGUUAUAGCUUUAGAUAAGAUGUCCCCACAAAAUUCGCUCGGCGUGUCUUUGAGACGAUUAAAUUGGAAUUUUGUGGGGUAUAUUUUCGUUUAUUUGUGUUCAAUUUGGCUCAAAUUUCGCCAAAUAAGUUAUACCCAUUGGAAUUUAUUGUGGAAUAAAUUCGGACCGUCCAGAUUUCUCCAAUUUUCUUAAUAAAUUAUAUUGAAACAAAUGUAUUGGCAGUACUUAAGCAUUUUGUAUUUGUUCUGAUCUUAAUACUGACUAAUAAUGAUGGGUGUUCAACUGAUUUUAUUAUUCAUAGAGAUUUUGUUAGAGCCCUUUUGUAGAAUAUAUCAAAAUUACCAAAAAUAAACUGUAAAUGGCUAAAAUAACUUAUUUGGAAAUAUGAAAUGUAAGUUGAGCACCCUAGACUUUCGAUUGUAUGAGAAAUAUAAAUUAUAAAAUUCAUGUGAGAUAUCUUUCGAAUUUAAUUACAAGAAAUAUAUCAGUCAGUAUGGAAAAGGUGCGUUUUUAGGAGUAUUCUGGAUGUUCUGAUGUUGAUGUUAUCACACUCGCAACGUGCAUAGUGCAAUCAAAACAUAUAAAAUUUAAACGAAAAAGGGUUGUGAAAGCAUCAUAGUAUUUUACAAAAGAUUUAUAUAUGAAAAAAAAAAGAUAAUUUUAUUUACAAGUGGCAAUGUUUUUGAUCUCUCAUUUAGUCUUUGGAAUUAAUUUAAUAAGUGUAUUAUGUAAUAUUCGGUAGCUUUUAAUUUUUUAACGAAUUUGGAUGAAACAAUAAAUCUUAAGGAAAUGACUAUCUUGAAUAUAAAAUUGCGUUCGCUGGCACUUGGAUAUCUUCUGUGAAGAUUACUAUUUUUUGAAAUUGUAAAGAUUGAUUCUUUUAAUUAUACGAACAAUCCACGAAAUAUGCCAGCAAUGAACUGAAUAAGAUAUGAAUAAGAAGAGUGAAGAGAAGAGAAUUAUUUUCUUUAUUAUCGAUUUAUAAAACUUCUGAAGAGUUUAGUACCUUUAUUGAAAAAAACCAGAAACUUUAUGUUAACAGUACUACAUCAAGGCUACAAGGUGGUUAGUAAAUCCAUUUAAUUAGAUUUUUGUAGCACAAUUUGAUACCUUAAUAAUUUUUAAGUGGAUAUUUAUUAUCUAUUUACGUUGCAAUUGAAGUAUUUAAAUCGAUCGAUAGACAUAUUUGGUGGAUUCGUAGAAAAAUAAAUCGUCGAAGGUGCCAGUACAUAAAAAAUUAAUAUUGUAAAUAUAUUUCUAUGAGCAUAUGGCGGCUAAAUAUUUUUAUCUCUCGACAAGCAGUUAUAAGGUUCUUUACAAAGUGUGCUAUAUUAACUUGAGAUUUUUUAUCCAUAUCUGGAAUUGCCAUAUCAAAAUAAGAAAAGAACAUUUAUUGAAUCUUAUAGUUUUGCUCUUUGUGUACAGUAUUUUAAAUCAGGUUUAUAAUUUGUAUUGAAAAUUAUAAAAAUUCAAUCUUAU